AUGUCUCUGUCUGCUCGUACCGCCGUCGUUUCCCGGGUCACCAAUGAGACCAAAAUCCAGGUCUCAAUUUCUCUGGAUGGCGGUGUCCUCCCACCCUACGAACCUUCCACCCACUUCGCCGCACCGGAAGACCCAAAAGAAGCUGAGGCAGCUAAGAAGGGCAUUGUACCCGAGAAGGGCUCUAGCCAUGCCACCCAGUUCACCCCGACACAGCAGAUCACUAUCACUACCGGAAUUGGGUUCCUGGACCACAUGUUGCAUGCGCUCGCAAAGCACUCGGGAUGGAGUUUAGCCGUGCGGGCCAAGGGCGAUCUUUACAUCGAUGACCACCACACCACAGAAGACACCUUCCUCGCCCUCGGCACAGCGUUCACCAAAGCCCUCGGUCCCCGCCAAUCGCUCACCCGAUUCGGUCGUGGUGAUGCUCCCCUCGACGAGGCUCUCUCGUGGGCUGUCAUUGAUCUUUCCAGCCGCCCAUGGGCCGUGAUCAAUCUCGGCUUCAAGCGCGAGAAGAUUGGCGAUUUGAGCACUGAGAUGAUCACACACGGCCUGCAGAGUUUCGCUCAGGCUGCUGAUGUGACUCUUCACAUUGGCUGCACCUACGGAGAUAACGAUCACCACCGGGCCGAGGCUGCCUUCAAGGCGUUGGCCGUUGCUAUGCGGAUUGCCUGUACCCGGAGGGUUGCUGGUGAGGUGGGUGCGGGUGAUAUUGUUAGCACCAAGGGUGUGCUCUAA